GCCGUUUACUUCAGAAGAGAUUUAUUCCCCUGGUCUGUUUAGGUCGAUAUAAAGAUCUUAAACAAGUUGAAGUCACUUAUAAAAUGUGGAUCGCUCUUGGAAGGUGCCUUGCUUCCAAACUCUUCCUAGUUCACUGUAGAUCUCCUCCUCUGGGAAGGGCUGUCUUUAGAUGGCUAACAGUUUCACGCAAGCUUAAUUGUAUGACAGCAGAGUCAGACAGGCCUCAUAUUGGUAUUGUGGGUAGUGGUCCUGCAGGAUUUUACACUGCGCAACAAAUUUUGAAGGUCAGUAGUUCUAAAGUGAGCAGCUGUCUAGCCAGGCCCUCCUAUGAAAGUUGAGUUUGGCCCAUUUAACCAGAGUAAAUUUUUGGUAUGACUAGAACGGCCUAGCAUAAUUUUGAAAAGACAAACAAAAAAUCAAAAUAAAAUUUAAAUGAAAAAUAAAAAAAAAAACAGUGCACAUGCAUAUUUAUAUUCAGGUCACACUAAAGCACUUUGGGAGGCACUGUGGCUUAGUGGUUAGAGCUCUGGCCCCAGUUGUUCCAAAGAUAAAUAGUGCUAUCCACAGGAUAAAUCUCUAUCCAGGAGAUAAUGCAACUGGUUUCUCUAAUACUUAUCCAGUGAAUAGCACCAUCCAGCUUUUGAACAACUGGGCCCUGGACUCCGUAUCAAGUGAUGUUCCUGCCAACUCACACCCAUGAUGUGUUUGUUCCACACCUGCAAAUUGAAAAUGUUGAUCCACAUCAGACCAACCCCCAAAAGGCAAGAAAAGUGAGAUUCUGAACCUAGAGCUUGGAAAAGUAGUGAAAAAUGGGUAAGAAGUCGUGAGAUGUCCAAAAUUUCGUAGUAGCCUGUGAACAGGCUCUCUGUUUGGGGAAAAAUAGCGAGGAAAGGGAAGGGAAAGGGGGGGAGAGAGCCUGUAGACAAACAUUUGAGGCCGCUAUUCCGCCCUCUUGUAAUUAUCCUGCCGAUCAUCUGUCAGUAAUGUCGUUAUCGGUCAAUCAAUUUCGCGCGUGAGUAACUCCUGGGAAAAUUAACAGGAAAUGAGUGGUGUUUUGCUCCGUCUAAAAAGAGAGUGAAAUGGAGCACGUGCAAAAAGUCGUUGAUUGCCGCUAAGAGAAUUAAUAAGCCGUUCGUCUCGCUAGUUCGGUUUGUAAUUUAACAAGCCGCUGCAAUGAGCAAACUUGGAAUGCGGAAGGUCCAGAUACUAUCAUGACUUCUCCAGAACGUGAAGCUUCGAAGACAAGUACAAAGAGAUCAGCAGCGCUUCGAUCGCCGACAGGAACACCUUCGGGUGUUUAUAGCAAUAAAAGGGGGUGGUAGGCUGACACGACUUUUACUUUAUGCCAAAAUGCUGCUUGUUCCCAUAAGUUUUUUCCUCUGCGGGGUAGAUUUUUCUCUGGAAGGUUCUGCAUUAAUGUGAUUUUAACCCCAUGUUUCACACGGAGAGGUCAUGGCACACAUACAUUGAUUUACUGUGGUGGUCGACAGGAUUUGCUCUCUAAUGCAAGAGCAUUUUUUUGGACCUCUUUUGAAGCAUAAAGCUUUUUACUGCGGCUGGAUAAGGGUCUUACUUUUCUCCAAAGUGCCUUCUCGAUCUGAAUAACUAAGCAAUUUUCUUUAGUCCACCGUGAAUGUAAUGUUUUUCUGCAAUGUUGUAUCCUGACGCUGGGCCCAGCUCGUUAGUUUUCUUUGCAGAAUGCUUAAAAAUUAUCACGGAUAGUGAUUUACAGAUCAAAAAUUAUAAGAUUGAAGUGCAGCUUAAACCAAAGCUACAUCAGGUCUGGAGAAUUGCAUUGUGCUUCGGUAACUAUAAACUCCAGCUUAGUGUUUUUUUAAAGACAGUUUGAGUCUUUUGACCGGAGCGCGUAGUUCGUCCCCGUGGUAAUAGUCUUUGGACUGUUUUGUUAUUGCCACUCUGUGAUCAAAUCGCGUGCUAUGUGCCGACCGAACAGCCGAUGUCAAUCAGACCUGUCAACAGUCAGUGUUCUCGCCAAUAGGAGCUUGCAUCAGGAUCUUAUGCACAGCGGGUACCGUGGAACGGAGGCCCCAAAUGUUUGUCUACAGGCCUUUUCGCUUUUCCCUCUCCCCACCCCGCUCCACUAAAGGCCUGUUCACAGGCUAAUUUCCUAGUGGUAGGACUUACAGUGGAGAUUAUGGGUAUUAGAAGGCACACAUCACUUUAAAGCUGGAGCUGUAAACAUCAUGAUUAUUUUAUGAUUUAGGUUUUGUGGUUUCUAUGUUUUGUCAGUGGCCAUCUUGAAACAGGGGAAACAGGUAAGUCUGCACAUUUGGUGGCAGCAGCAAGUCGGGGUAGGCUAAAAGAAUGAAAUCAAAUGCAACCGCUAAGCAUUUUCUUUGGGUUGAGCUGGCUAUCUAUUGAUAUCUAACUUGGAAACAAAGCCUACAACUCCAAGAUUUUUUUGGAGUUUGACUAUAUGAGAAAGUAUGAGAAAUCAGUUACCAACUCGUGAGAGCGUGGGAUAGGCGGUGAAAUCGAGAGACUCAUGACAAAGGGCAUGCAUGCAUUAAAAUUCACAUGCAUAAUUCACAAUUCUGGACAACAACCAUUAACAUGAAAAUUUUAAAAAAAAGUCCAGUAAAAGGCUUGAUCUUGGCAAGAUCUCAUGAUACCUAUUGAUGUAUUGAUAAUUUCAGCAAGAUGGCACCAUGUAAUAUUUGGCACUUUGCUUUGCUACAUUCGGCAACUUUAGGAAAUCAUCAGAACAUCUUUAAAAAUAAACUUUCUUUAGUAUUGCUCAGGGGCAAGGGCAUGUCUUCAGCACUGUUCAGAAGUUGUCGAGAAACUCAGCUUAUAUGGAAAUGAAAAUCACCUGGCUUUGACUCAGGAAAAGUUGGUUGGUAUAGGUACUGCUUCAGGCCUUGCCAGGAUAUUAAAUUAGGUUAAUUGUGUUCUCAGCAAGACACUGUGAGUCUCAGAAAACCAUAAACAUCAGAAAAUAUAUUCCUUGAAUAUAAUGUGUUGCAAGGAAAAAGGCAAUUGAAUGUGAAAAAUCUAAACUGCACGUAACAAAUGGGUUGCGGUGAAUUUAAUGCUGGGAUAACCCUGUGAUAAACUAGCAUCUUUUCUGUGGGGGGGGGGGGGGGAAGAAAUAUCUCUUUUUCUUCCACAACAAAAAAAGGGGUUUUCCCCCAACGCGCCCUUUGGCCUGGGGGGGGGCUUUCCCUUUGCCAUAAGUGUACCCCAUUUAUUUUUUUUUUUUAACACCAUUUUAACCAUAUUUAUUCCCUAGUUAUAAUAAGGGGGGGGGGGGGGGGGGGGGGGUAGAAAUAUCUCUAGUUGCUUCACACCAAAAAACAGGAGUUUCAGCCUGACGGCCCUCUUGGCUCGAGUGCAGGCUUUACCUUUGCACUAAUGGUAGCCACUUUACUUUUUAGUUAUCAACCAUAUUUAACCAUAUUUAUUCCCUAGUAGUAAUAACUUUUAAUAUUUUAUUUUGUCAUUCGAAGCAAAUUUUUCUUUCUCUUCAUUGGCCGAGAGCCCACCACGUCACCUGCAAAUAACUAUCUACAAAAUAAUAAUGGUCUGCUCAUGCGUAAUGCUGUCCAACUGUGUUUGGCUGCAAAUAAUAUUCUGCACAUGCGUAAAGGAAACCGUGCUUUUCUCCUUCGUGCGAUCGUUCUUGCGUGAAAAAUGGCAGAUCACUUCGUUUCCCGAGGAUAUUCAUUAAAAAAACAAACUCGGUGAAUGAUAAAACAAUUAUUGAACUCGGUUAUUGCAAAAUAUCGUGAUUUGUCAGUGCCUCGCUGAUCAAUUAUUUGCCUCAGCCUUUGGCUUCGGCAAAUAAUUGAUCUGCUUGCCACAGACUAGUCAUGAUAUUUUGCUCAACCCCUUCCAAUAAUUGUUAAUUAUUUGUAAUUUUUGCACAUGACCCCACAAGCUUGUAGCUUUGAAUUAAUAUCGUGUAUAAAUAAAGGUUGUAUGAAUGACUGUAUGUAUGUAACCAUAUAAGGGAAAUAAUAGUAAAGUAAGUGCCUUUUAUUAUCUGCAGUCCCAUGAUGAUGCUUUGAUUGACAUAUAUGAACGCCUUCCUGUUCCGUUUGGCUUAGCAAGAUUUGGAAUUGCUCCUGAUCAUCCUGAAACAAAGGUACAACUUUACAGCAAGCUUGUUCAUUUAUGUACACUGUAGAACAUUGUGAGGUGAAUCAACCUCAUGGUUCAGUGACAUGGGAAUAGAAAAGGCAGGGGAAAAAAUUUCAAGGUCAAGGAAUUUUGCAAAGUCAUGGAAAACCGUCUUGACAAAGUCGUUUAUAGUGAAUAGAGAGGAGCAGUGUGGUGUCAUGUUACCAUUUUAGCACAAAAGGAAGGUUAAGCAACAAUGAUGGCGAUGGUGAGAAUGGCAAAAAAAGUAACAGAUUUAUAUUAGCAAAACAAUAACUUUGCAUGUGCAUCACAGUUUUCUGUACACUUCUUAGCCGUGAUUGCAUGACCGCGACUUGAAACUUCCUAAUUUCAUGCUCCACCUUAAAGGAGCACAACAAUUUCCUUUUUCUUUUUCUAAACUUAGAUACGGUCCUUUCAGAUUUUGGAUUUAACCCCAGAAAAUUUUGCUGACAUUUGACAAAUCAAAUGAAACUGAACAAGGUCACUGAAGUUUGAAACAGUGUGACUUCACUUUUUGAGUGACAUUUUCGGUUUGUUGUCAUCCAGAAAUUUUGCUACCAUAGCAACAUGACAUAAUGACUUCUCUCUAUAUCAGAGAAUUUUGCAACAAAGUUUUGUGAAAAGUACUGAAGAGAGUUUGAUUCAGAAAAUUUAUGCAGAAUACUGGUAAGGAAUAUUGAAAUAGAUUCCUUGAUAAAAAUAAUGUGAAGAGAUUGAUGACAAAAAGUAUUCACUGCAAUGAAAAUGUAAAAUGAGAGUGAAAAUCAUCCAGACAGCAUGGAAAAAUCAGGGAAUAGUUAGCAAACUUUUUUUGUUCCAAUGAGUUGAAUUGCAAACUUGUCCCUGUGCAGUGCCUAGACUUCAAAAUAAUAUUCUGAAAUUCUCCCCACUCUUCAUGUAGCUGACAAGUUUAGAUGUACAGUAAAAUGCUGGGUGAAAUAUCUUCAAUUUUAUAAACUAAGGGACUCUACAGACAGUAUGGCUGCCUGUCUUUGGGAGGUUGCAAAGUAAUCCUUAUUCUUGACUUACAUCUGGGAAUGGACCAUAUAAAAAUUAAUCUAAAGAAUCUAAAUGCCAAAAGGAAUUCAUUUCAUCAUUGUUUGCUGUUUCUGGUAAUGAUAUUGCCAAUACAGCCAUAAAAUUAGUCGUGUAUAUCUAAAUCAUUGGAAUUUCUGGAAAACUCGGUAUUGCGGUACUAUACUGGUAUUUUGCCUUGCAACAAGUACUGUGCAUAUAAGUCAUGUGCCACUUCUUUUUGCAUAGAUGUUAACAUUUUUUUUAUAUUUUCUCUAUUUUCUUGUCUUGUUACCAAAAGUAGAGACAUCCUACUGCAAUUUAAGAGCUACAUAGACUGGUCAAAAGUGUUCUUUAUAUAAUAGUCCACCCCCAAAUUACAGUGUACUUCAUAUUCAAAGCUUUCAUGUAGAUGAUAGAGGAUGCAAGAAAAUUAACUGCAUUCUGGAUUGUAACUCAUUGUUUAUUGUAACUAGUUGCUUGUCAAUUUAUUGCAGAACUGCAUAAAUCAGUUCUCAUCUACAGCCCAGUCUGAGAGAUGUUCAUUUUUUGGAAAUGUAAACAUUGGGAAAGAUUUGAAUAUUUCAGAGUUGUUACAAGCCUAUGAUGCAGUUAUUUUGGUGAGUGUAGUACAGACUUAAUAUUAUUGGGAUCUGCAAUCCUUGACAUUAGAACUUGGGUCAAUUGACAUGUUGUGCUCAACUUUCUUUUCCUUCUCCCUUUCACUGCUUUAAACCCUAACUCCUCCCCCCUCAUUACAUAUAUGAAACCAUGAUGGAUGUGCAUAUCGGUAAGCGCUUGAUCCUGAUGAUCUUACGAAAAAAAAAAAAAAGGGUCUGUGAACAGUCUAAAGGUGUGUACACAUACUGGGGCUAUGUGAUACAAGUUAGGACUGUCUUCAUUGUUGUGGUUGUAUAAAUUUUUAUUUCUGUCAUUGGACAGUAGUUGUGAAAGAAAGUUUCUUCAACCAUCUGAGUUUGAUUCAACUUUUAUACAGAAAGUUGGCUACUGCAUUUCUCACAGGUAGAUUCAUUUGCUUUGUUUUAUUUAGUGUUAUGGUGCAGAAGAUGAUAGAACAUUUGGAAUACCUGGUGAGGUACAUGUGUAAAACGAAGAUAAAAUUUACUAAUGAUUGACAGGGUUCUCUGGAAGCACCAGUGAAUGGUGAGAUUCACCAUCUAGUCAAACAGCAGUGUGGGCUACUCAAAAGAUAAUAAUAGGUGGGUUCACACUGGUCUUGUCGAGUGCACUUGAAGUGCAUUAUUUUGAAGUGCACUUGAUACUAACUUGUGUGUGAACGGGUCUUGUUUCACUUGACUAGUUGUACUUAGUUGCCACAGAAACCUCAAAGUCUCAAAGUGCUGAAGUGCAAUCUCAAGAAAGGUCAAAACCUUCCUUGAGACUGCACUUAUCCAAUCAAAGCGUCGGAAUCUUAUGAUCAAAGUGUCAAUCAUCUCGAGCCACAACUUAACUCUCUCGCGUGGUCAAGCAAGAAAUGAUGAAUGAGAAUACUCAGUGAUCUCCACAAAAUAUUGGUAGGUUUUUUCAGUUCUGAUCCAUGAGCUGGUUUGGAAAUUUCAUGUUUUCUCCAGGCUUUUGAUUUGACAGACACAUUGUUAAUACAAUACUUGGCCCUGGAAACAAAAUGACAUAUAUUCCACAAAUAGGGAUAUUUCCCCAUUUUGUGAUUCAUUGAAUGCACUUUAUUGUUUAUUUUUUCAACCCGUCCAAACCAGUUUUACAUGUCUACCUGCAGUACUAAGGUUUGUUGAAAGUGUCAGAACCUUACCUAAGCUGUUUAAGAAAAGAAUACAACAUCUGGAAUAUGAUUUUAAAAACUUGAAGCAAUGAGCUCAAAAGAUUGGCGAGGAUGGCUUUAAAAAGAUCAAAGAAGGUUUCCUCUACUUUGAUUUACCUAAUAAGAUGAAACCAUCGGUUGCAUUUUUAUCCUUUUGUUUUGGUACUGUUCAAGAUGACUGCUGUUGUCUACAGCUCCUGUAUAUGGAGACGUUUUGACUAAAUAAAUGCAAGGCAGCGUUUUCCUGUGUAGAGCAAGAUUAGUUCCCUCCAAAACUGUUAACUUUGACUUGAGUGUGAACUCCAUUUCUUGCAAAAAACCUAAGUGCACUUCAAGUGGUUUCCAAGAACACUUGAACUGAAGUGUACUUCAAGUGCACUUAGGGGUCUGGUGUGAACCCACCUAAUUUUUAAAGUGUCAUAAUAAAUUGUUUCAUUCAGUGUGAUGGCAAACAUAUGGUAGAAAAUGAUGCAAAAUGUUUUCCAGGUUAUUCAAAAUGUACAUGUACAUGUAUUGAGGUGCACUUUCCAAUGAGCCCUCAAAUUUGAAUUUUCUCAGUUUUUACCUUCAACUGGAAAUUUUCAGGAGAACCCUGUAAUAAUAUAAUUUAGGCUGUCCAGUCUGUCUAAUCAUUUGGAUUGACUUGGGUCAUUUUGCCUUUUUUUACUGUUAGACAGUUUUUCAGUAUGUAGCAGUUGUGUAGUUUAGAUAAAAAUAAUAAAACAGCUUUGACAAUGGAAAUGGAAAUGUUAUUUGUAAUAAAAAAAGUGGUGCAUUUUCAUUGUUGAGUCAGUGAGUGAGUGGGUCAAUCAGUGAGUCACUAAACUUUCUGAUAGUCAUCAGUCAGUCAGUCAGUUAGCAGGGUGGUGAGUCAGUGAGUCAAUCUGUCACUCAAAGAGUCAUUCAGUCAGUCAGUCAGUCAAGGCUGGUCAAUCUGUUAGUAAGUGGAUGGUCUGGGUGUCAGUCAGUCACUGGAUUAUUGUGGUACUAUAUCAGUUAAAGAGUGAGUCAACUGAGUAGAUAAAAAGGAUAUCAGUGUAAAAAAGAUUGAAAGACUGAUGUUUUAAGCAUGAACCCUUUGUCGAAGCAGAACAACAGAUUUUCAACUGACUGACUAACUAGCCAACUGUCAGUCAGUCAGUCAACGAGUCUUUCAUUCAAUUGGUGGGUUGGUUAGUCUGUUAGUUGGCUAAGAAUUUUUGGUUGUUAAUAAUAUCAUUAUGUUUCAGGACUUACAUGGGGUAUAUUCAGCAAGAGCAUUUGUAGAGUGGUAUAAUGGACUACCUGCUAAUUCUCAAGUACGGUGUUUUUUUCUGUAAUGGAUAUCAUGCCACACACAAUAUUUUUAAUGUUUUACAUCUUUGAUUUAAUUUUUUUUGUAGUGUGACUUCAUAUGUUUAGUUUGCGACAGUAGCUUAUUAUCUAGGACUAUCUAUAGUAUUUUGGUAACUUGACUAAUUUUACGUCAUCCAUCAAGGCCAAGGGGUUUUUUUUUAAACUUUCAGGAUAUUGUUGCUGCAAAAUUUUUUAAGAAGAAUGUGAGAGCCUUGUUGGGCACAUGCUGUUACCAAACCAAUUCCAAGUGCAUUUUAAAAGAUUUCUUACUUCUGAUUGGCUCAGAAAAAAAGUUCCCUCAAAUAGAAAGAGUGGAAAUUAAUUCGGAUGUUUCAAGAAAAUGUUGACUAAUAUUAAGUGCCAGGGGCAUUCUUGUUCGUCACGUUAAGUGGCUUACCUGUGGUUAUUUUCCCUUAAAUGUUUUGUCCUGAUUUGUGGACCUUGGGUUUCCAAAGAUGGAUAUUGGUGUGUUUGAGGGUCACUAGCUAGAACUACUGUAAGUGAACAAGGAAAUAAAUGCGACACUUCUAUUUGAUUUAAUUGUACACAUAACAUGUUUGUUGUUAGCUAGAGCCAGACUUGAGUGCCGAGACAGCAGUAAUACUUGGACAAGGAAAUGUUGCCCUUGAUGUUGCCAGGAUCUUGCUCAGUCCUGUUGAACGUUUGGAGGUAAUUAAUUCAGAACUCACUAAAUACACGGACAGAGUGACAGAAAGAUAGAUAGCCAAUCAGAUGUACAGACAGAAAGACCGACAGACCGGCAGACAGACAGACUGGCAGACAGACACUCCAGACAAUCAGUUGAACAAUCAAACUGACAGACAGAUAGGUGCAUGUUUUUUUUUUCCAUGUUAUUAUUCCUUUUUUUCCCCAGUCUGUAAAAAUAUUGGCAAUUAGGCCUGAGCAGCCUUUAGCCGUGCCUGUUAAAGUUAUCAUGAUCAUAAAGUUCUUUUAUCUUUUUGUUCCUUAAUGAUGCAGAAAACAGACAUAUGUGAACAUGCCAUAGAAAGACUGAGGAAAAGCUGUGUGAAAACAGUUCAUAUUGUAGGCAGAAGAGGGCCAUUACAGGUGAGAUAUGCAGGCUUGGCGCACGCUACUGGUGUACACGAGCGUAACACUGUGCCUUAUGCACGAUUCGCGCUCAAGAAAAGGCACGGUUUUUGUGCCAAAGCACGGGAAAAAAACAUGUAAAGGCACAGAUUAGGCACACUUUAGGCACAGUUAAGGCACGUUUUAAAUAUUGCUAAGGCACAUUUUAGGCACAGUUUUGGGCACAGUUUUGGCACGGUUAAGGCACAAAUAUUCAACGCUGGGCACUUUUUUGAAAAUCUUUGUAACCCAACUUGCAAAAAAGAACAGACUUGGUACAAAUUAUGAAAAUAAUUCAGAUCAAACACGAUGCAGUUAGAAGUAUAGGAAGUGUAAGUUUUGAGCCGCGCCAAAAGUCGGGAAAAUUAAAGUAUUCUUUGACAGUCCGUGUUUUCUUCGAGGAUAAAGUGGAAAUUCACACGCGAUAUGUGUGGUCUGAACCUUUUCGAUUGCCAUGCAAUUUUAUAGACUGGCUUUCUUUCGUUUCUAAAAGAAAUCGUGAAAGAAAGUCGAAGCCAUAAUAACAAAAACAAAGCUAAAGAAGUAAGGCACAAAAAUAGCCAAUAAAAGUCGUAGAAAUACUUUUUGCGAUCGCGGUAAAAUUGGCCUGAAUUUGCAUAACAACAUGAAAAGUGGUAAUUUGAAACCUUCAUGCCAACGCCUGUUGUUUUUUGGUACAAAAUGCAGCUGCUUUUUAAAAAUAUUUUUUCUAACUAAAAAAGUAGAAUUUACACUUAGUAGUAAAAUAAUUCAAGCUGCUUGUUUGUUUUUGUUUUCUGGCUCUGUUAGCAAAUUAAGCUUUGAUCGUAUAAUAAUCAAUGAGACGUGCCAAUUUUGCUUCAAAACUCAUCGGCGUGCAAUCAUUUUUUUCGUUUUCAUUUUGUAAGUCAUAUCACAAGCAAAUUCUUCUUUUGAAUGCAAAUCUGCCCUCCUGAAAAAACAAAUAUUUCAUCCCAACUAAAUGCUCCGUUAAGACGGGGAGAAGAAGCCCACUUGGAAAUUUUUUAACAUCAGUGAAAUACUUGAAUCGAUGAAAUUAUAUCAACACGUAAUUGAGCUGAGCACUUAUGUUAAAUACGCUAACCUGUUUAAGAUUCCAUUUUCCUGUUUGUCGGGGCUUUCCCUGCUGUCUCUGACCGUAUUCUGAGUCAUGUUAUUUCUUAUUAGGGGAUAAAAAGGUCGUCAGACCGUGUUUCUAGAUUUCGUAAAUCUUAAACUUACAUAAUUGCCGUGCACACUUUUCUUUCACUGUGGAGAUAGGCUGGACACGAUUUUCCGAGUGACUCAAUAGUUUGGCACAGCUUGUGCACAGAUUAGGCACAGUUUGGGCACAACUUAGGCACGGCUUAGGCACGUUUUUCAAAACUAAAAUGCACACUUUAUGCACAUCCUAGGCACAUUUUAGGCACAAAACCUUUGUGCCAAAGCACAUUCUAGAAUCCGAUUUUCAGUCCAACGCACGGUUUACGAAUUUUCACGUUUAAAAAAUGCUGUCUAACCUUAGAUAUUUGAUCUUAGCAUAAAAAUGGGUUUCCCGAAGUCUUAACAGUUAGUCUAUAAGGAAGGUUUAACUUAUGAGCAUUCCAAAAAUUAUCAUUUCUUCUCUUAACAACAAAAGAAAGUCAAUCAAAAGCAACCUUUUAAAUUGACGUUCGCACUGCACAGAGAUCGGAUGUAGACAGAACAUCUUUCGGAAAACGCCCUAAACUUUGUUGUUUUGCCAUUAUGUUCAGUAACUUUUAAUAUAGUUAGUACUCAUAAGUUACUGACCUCUGUGGAGAAAUUUUUCCAAAGUACCAUUAACAGAAAUAGAGAAAUCCCACAAUAUGCGUGGUUAGACUGUAAAUGUUAUGCGAGCUGUUAAAAAAUGGUCCCAUUUUGAGCCAUAUUUUUCAUAUUUUAAUUUUAUUUUGGUCUUACAGCCAGAAAAAAAAUAUUCAAUGGAAAGCUGUUUAAAAACUUUAACUUCUUGCCAAAUAUCGAUGCGAUCUGAGUUUUAAUAAGUUCAUAAACGAUGUGAGAUUCUUAGCCGUGUACACAAGUAGCGUGCGCCCAGCCUGCAAUAGUUGAACCUCUGGUAACAGUCAUGCUCUACAAUGGCCUCUUUUUUUCGGUGGGCAGUUCAUACAUUGGCUCUUGUUUAAACCCCUCAACAACGGCCACCUCUCCACAACGGCAACAGCCACUAAACUGUGUCCCCAAUCUGCCAAAAUAACUUCUCAACAACGGCCACUUUUUUUUUCACCAACUGACAAAAAAGUCAGGAAUGGUGGCGAAAUUUGAUCCAUAUGACACAUUGAUGAUUAAUCACGGCAAUUUUAUUUGAUUGUGUUUCAUUCAUUCUGAUGCAGUAAGCAUCAUAAGCAAUUGUCUACAAUGCUUAUAACAGAUGUUGUGAACCCCUUUUCAUUUUGUCAUGUUAACAUUUUGAUUCAAAACAUUAUUUAAGUUUUGUGUGUGUGCGUGUGAUUGGAUUACCAUUAUGGCACAAAGUAGGCAUGAACUUGGCACAAUAAACACGUUGUACUCCCCUUAAGAAAAUUGCCAUAUUACACCCUCUACUUCCCCAUAAUGGCCACAUUUCCACAUCAACCACUUUCCUCCAUCCCCAAAGGGGCUGUUGUGGAGAGGUUCGACUCUAUGUUACCAGCCUGUAUAUCUAAUGGUGGCAUUUGAUGAAAUGGUGACAACUAUUAGUUAGGUAUCCUAUGAGGAAUUAAUGUUUAGGAUUCAAAAGUGUUCUAAUGCAUGGCACUUUACUGCUUUAAUGUAUUACUGAAACAGGCAUGGAAAGAAUUCUAUCCUUUGAAACUGCAAAAACACUGUGGAUCAUUCAGUUGACUGAGACCAGACUUCAGUUUAUUAUUCAGGAGACAAUUUUGUGGAGAAUGAGAGCAGCAUUUACAGACCUUUCUGCUUUAGCACUUACCAAAACAAUGGAGAGCUUGUCUUCAGGCUAUUUAAUGGACCAGAAUGAUUCCUUUGGUUGCCCUUGAAAUUAAAAAACUGCAAAUUUGAUUAUCCAGACACUUAUCCAAAGAUAUUGUAUGCAUAUAAUAUUGCUACAUUCUACUGCACUAGAAAUUAGUGAAUUGCAUGUUCUUUGAAGUUGCUGUAUCUAUUUUUGAUUUUCAUAUGCCUCUUAAAUAAUAUAAUGUUAUAUUUGUCUAGGUAGCAUUUACCAUCAAAGAGUUACGUGAAAUGACAAAAUUAAUUGGCUGUAAAGCUGUGUUUGAUCCAGAAGAUUUCAAACCAAUACAAGAAAAGAUUACAAGUAAGUGAGUAUAAAAAAAAGCUGAUCAGGUCGAGUCUAUCUUAUAUUUACCACUUUGCUCAGUUGUGUCUGUCCUCCUUCUAAAAAAAGCUUCCCAACAGUUGGCAUUACUCAGGGUGCAAAGAAAGUCAGUUUUACAGCUUGCCAUUUGGGCAGGCUGUAGCUACCAUCUUGGACAAAAAGUGUUAGGAAUUUUGCACUUUCUUACCCACAGAAUGCGUAUCCCCCGGAUUUGGUACUACUAUGGCCCCUCCCCUCGCCCCACCCUGGUCAAAGUUGUUUAGUUGAGGUCAGAAAUGAUCCACCUGGACUUAUACAUUAGGGCCAUUUAUACGAGGAAAAAUAAGACGCGUCUUAAAUAAGACGCGAACAUUCUGUAUAAACAAUAUAAACGGCACAUUUCGUCUAAAAGAAAAUGGCUUAGCUAAGACAAAUGGUACAGUUCGUGUCUUAUUUAAGAAGUGUCUUAUUUUUCAUCAUAUAAAUGGCCCUAUUGUUUUUUUUUGGGGGGGAAGUGGGUAGUAUUUGUAGUUGCCAGUGCUUUCAAUAGCUUUAUCUUAACAUCCAUUUUUCUUGACAUUUUUGUCCAAGAUCAUACUAAAGAGCCAUUUUAAUUAACAAAAAUUCACUUGCCCAUCAAGUUAAGGGCACAAUUUACUAACCAGUUAACAAAAACAAUUAGUCCCAGGCUACUGGACACAAUUUUUUUUUUGCACACUGAUAACUGGGAGCCAGGAGAUAACUGACAACUGUAAAAACAAAAAAGAUCAUGUGCGUUCAUAGUUAGGUGUGCACAUAUUGAAAUGAUUUUUUUAAGUAGAGAGUUGAAAAAGGGUAAGGGUAAUUAAUAAAUUCCUUUCCCUGAUAAACUUAGAUGUUUUCUGGUUCAUUAGGUUUCUUUUGUUUUUACUUUAAACAAAGAAAGGCAAAGAAUUCUGACCACGCUUUUGCUAGGAGAAAAAAGCGGAAAAUGGCAAAAAAAAUACAGAGCAAUGUUUAGCGCAGGAAAGCAGGUCUAUGUGUAAAAUCAAGAAUGUUUAAGUGAAUUAACAAUCCCAAAGCAUCACAUAGCAUAGUGUUAUCGCAAGCCCCAGUUACAUCCUAAGGGUUUUUGUGCAUGAAUUUAGUCCUACCAUAAACCAUGGACUUAACACUUAAUCUGUUUUAUGUAGAUUGAUUCUUGUUUAAUAUAGGCAUUCCACGACCCCGGAAAAGACUCACUGAACUGAUGUCCAAGACAGCACUGUAAGUUUGCCUCUUUAUUAUCACAUUGUGAAACUCUUCAGCUCAAAACAACCUCUGUGUCACCAUUCUUUUUUACAGUCAUGAAAAGUCUCAUUUUGGGUGGUUUCCACAAAAUGAACUUGAGGUUGGGGAUAAAACUGACUUCAACCAUACAACACAUGCCAUGUUAUCCACAUACACUUUCAAUUAAAGAAGAAGGAGAAUUCAAACACCAGAAAGCUCAGAAAAAUUUUCCGAGCUCCCAGUGAGAAUCAAACUCACGACCCUCCAAGUUCUACAUGUAGUUCGGACACUCCAACCACUGAGCUACUGGAACACUAAUGGCAAGCAGGGUUGGAAUUCAAGUACAAGUACACCAGACUUUUAGGAUACAGUACAUGUUACAGGUCAAAAUUAAUUCAGGUUGAAAUUUUUUAGCCUAGGUUGAUUCUUUGUUUCUUUUUUUGACAGACUAGACAAAUACCCAACUUAUAGCUGCGAAUCGUGGGACACACUAAGCUUUGUGGGAAUCACAUGACCAAAAGAAGACCAUAGCCACAUUUUUUGAUUUUUGGGAGACCGUUUUUCUUUCUAUUUCUUUGACAAAGUCUUAUGACAUUGUAUAAAUUUAUAUUUGUUUCAUUAAUGGAAGGGAUGAGAGCAUUUCACAGAAGACUGCUAAUAAGGAGUGGACAUUAAAAUUUCAAAGGAGUCCAGUUGAGAUGUUGUCAGCACCAGGCAGAGCAAAACUAUCUGGAGUCAGAUUUGAAAUCAAUGAUUUAGUGGAGGUAUGUUUUUGCUGAACAUUCUAUUAUUAAAUGACAAGUGUGCAAUGGGGGACUUGCAGCCUGAGAAAACAGCUAACAUUUGGCGACGCCACCACUGGUUUCCCUGCAAAAUGACGUCUGAGAAAUGAGCACAGAAAUUCCAUACUGAUGACACAUCACUACCCAGAUCUGGGUAGUUUUAAUUCUCAGACUUCAUUUAGCGGGGAAACAAGUGCUGGUGUCGCGAAAUGUUGGCUGUUUUCUCAGGUUAGGGGGGAUUUUCCUAGAGCUUUAAUUUAUAAUUAUUUUCCUUUGAAUACAUGUAAUUAAAUAAUAAUUGGCGGUUUCACAUUUGUGAUAUAACACAUUCAAACUACCGCUUGUGACAGUUUUAAUGUCAGGGCUGACUUUAAUGAGCAGACUUUUGGAGGAAAAAAACAUAGUUACUGUCAAGCAAAUCCGUUAAAUGGGUCCGAGAUAAUUUAUGCACAAAAACACAAUGUUUUUGUUGUAAAUAGCCUAUUUUAGGCCCUGCUUCAUACCCAGAUGUCUCUCUCUCGACCAGUCACUCACCUGUCACUCAUGUUUCGUGUAGCCUCUGUGCAAAAAACCAAGUGAUUGAGGAGGAGGCAGGGUUCAUCCUAAAACAAUAAACAUGCCUGUGGAGCUUUGAAGAAUAAACCCGAAACCUUUAUGAUGGUUAAUUCUUGAGAGGCUUGUGCUGAGUUUUGUUGAACAUUUGAAGGCUGAAUUUAAAAUAUAAAAAUGGGGCUAUUCAGUAAGAUAUAUUUGAAUGAAAGUCUUUUCACACUAUUAAAAGCAAAACAAAGUAAUAAACACCUUUUGUGAGCAUGUUGCUUUUCCAUCCAGAAGUAAUUUGCUGUUCAAGAACAUUGCUCUUGGGUUGCAAAAUACACAAAUGUAGUUUUUCUUCAAAACGUAAAGAUCACUUUUAUUUAAGUUUUCCAAAUUUACACACAACGGUAGAGACCAGAAACCCUACAAUGAUACAAUGGUCUGCAGUUCAGUAGACUUAUCCCAGCCAGUGCCAUAAAGUAAAGAUCUCUUUUUCGAGGCUAUGAUGAGAAACAAAUAACUUACGUUUUGUUUGUCAUCACUACAGCAAAAUGAUGGAUCAAUUCAAGCAAGAGGCACUGGUGUAUAUGAGGACUUGCCCUGUGGGCUGGUGAGUCCCAGGCUACUUUAACUAGUGACCUCAGCUGUCCAGGGAAGAGAGUUAAGAUAUAACAUAACAUAACGUAACAUAACAUAACAUAACGUAACGUAACGUAACAUAACAUAUCCUGUCCUGCUUCAAAAAACAUUGCAGAGAUUUUAUAAGAAUAAGAUAAUGGGCUUUGAUCAUUGAUCGCCCACAUGUUACUUGUGAUUAACAAUUUAUGUGUGUUAUAUUUGCUGACAAUUUCUUUUUGUUUCUUUUUUACAAAGUAACUUAUUUUUAAAUUGGGUAGACUAACCCGUAUGGUUCCUCUACUCCCUUCUAGUCCCUUCCCGCUGCUAUCUUGUGUCUGUGUUAUUAUUUUGUAUGCAGUGAAGAAAUUAUGGAUUACAAUAGUUAACAUAACAUAAUCUAGUCUGAUCAAUUGAUCAGAUAGACUUUCCGUCUCUAAGGGGCUGUCAACACUUGGUGCUGGGUACCAGCACAAAAUGGUGUUGUGUUCACACUUUGAGUACCCGAUUUGAGACUGUCUACAUAGUUACUCUAUUUCGGCCUGUCAGACGCAAUUUUGAAACAUAAGCUUAGCAGCGAGAACAAAAAAUUGUGUGCACACAGGGACCCGGUGCCCACUUUUGUGCCCGAGUACAGAGUUGAGACCUUGUACUCGGGCACCCGCACUGUGCCCGAAUUCUAGCGUGGGUACUCGAAAAAAUGUUGCGUUCACAUUAGUGCCCAGUGAGUACUGUACUCGGGCACCGUGCCUGGGCACUAACUAUGAAUGCUGCCUAAAUCUCUCGCGAGUCAGUCAUAAAAUUUAAUUUAAUCAAUCAGUCAGUCAAUCUAUAAAUCAAGGCAAUGCCCUAGUUGUACCUUACAUUCAUAUACGGUAAGAUGCUGGACGUGGAGACGCAGCGAGUUUAAGCCUUAAAAUAUUCUUAAAUAAAAUACGUAAAUUAGGGUACUGAUUGAAAGUCUCAGGGCUGAUUUUUGAGAGCCAACAGGGACGAGAGGAUAUGUCGGUGACAGGAGAGUGGUAACUGUAUCUGUUGUUGAUUUUGUUUACUCUUGCAGGUUUUUCGUAGCAUUGGAUAUAAAAGCAUCCCAAUCGACGAUCAAAUUCCUUUUGACAAGAGAAGGGGGGUUAUACCAAACAUAAAUGGCAGAGUUAUAAACACAGGUUUGAACUCAGUUAUCACGUACAAUUAAUCAUAUUAUUGGACAAGGCUGCAGAGUCUAAUAGCGAGAAUUAUCAAGGCUGAUGCGCGUAGUGCAAGAAAACCUCAAUAUUUUUCAGUUUCAUGUAUUGUCAAGAGCCACUCCCAAUAGCUUUUUUAUAAUGUUCAUACUUGAUGAACGUUCAUUAAUCAAAGAGGAACACCAACACUCUAUUCAAAUUUAUGGUUGCUGGUGAUGUGAGCUUAGAAGUGAUAAACAAUAGAGUAAUGGCUGUUUCCUUGACUGUGAAGUUUCGGGGAAGUAACUCAACUCCUUGUGUACUCGUUGGUGGUUUUGGAGAUGCACUGAGUUGAGUUGUCGUUUGCUCGGGGGGCUGUUUCUUUUCGUCGCCUGCGUUUUUAUAUAGGUGAAGCAACAAGGGAAAUGGGCGAGGAAAAUCGAUUCCUUGUGCCUGUUCUUAAGGUUUUCAGUCGUUAUCAAAGUAGUUGGAUUAAAAGGCAGUUAAAGAAAUCUGAUCUUUUCUUAUUUGUCUCGAAAGGUGGCAGUCAAGAGUCAUGCAAUGAGGCUCCCCCUUUGAUUCCAGGUAAAGUAUUUUUGGCUCAACUGUUGAAUACUAUGCCACUUUUAAAAUAACCCCUAGGAAUAGAGGUGCAUAAGCGAGUACGCAUUCACUUCGUAUCCAAGUAUCAGAUUUUGCACUGUGUAUUCGCCUGUCCAGCUCUUUCAGGUUUCAGCUUGGAAGUGGCAGCGUAUUGUGCAGUUACUCAUUCUUAAUAAGCACUUCUCGGCGUUUCUCUGACAUUCCUGUGAAUUAGACUGACUUGUUUUCUGAAAAUUACCCAAAACCCAAAAGCAAAAUCUCAAAAUUGACCGGAUUUCAGUGGAUUAAUGAGAAGGGAAAAGUAUUACGUAGAACCUGUGCUGGACGCCGUACGACAACUUACCCUGGCAACGCCCUAAAAAUAUUUAACCGGUGUUUACGCGGGAAAAGUAUGCUUCUGUUUCCAAUAACAAGGGCGGGAAAUGUGUGACGGUUGCCAAGAUUGGAACAUGUAAAUUGUGCUAAGGGCGGAAAACCUACCGCUGAAGCGGACUGUUGAGUUUGAAGCUGCUUUUUCUUGCAGUGACUUCCCUCCGUGAAAGAAUUAGAGUUUUGCACCUUUGAAGCUGGUAUAGUUUUGAACUGAAAAUCAACUUCCUUCAAUCUGUAUCGUUUAUAAAUUGUUAUGAAAUUUAUGGUACUGCUGCUUCUUUAGGACUUUACUGUAGUGGAUGGGUGCGAAAUGGUCCAGUAGGUGUCAUAGCUACAACGAUGAAUGAUGCAUUUCAGACUGGGGAGCUUGUUGUGCAGGAUUUAAAGUCAGGUGAGGGACAUGUCAGAAAUUACCAGGGGGGGGGGGAGGGGGGGGGGGAAUUUUGAAUUUGGGUUCGGAAAUGAGGUGACCCAUCCUUGCAAUGGGAGUGAAAUUUGCUAACCCUCCCCUUGACCUUGGCCUAAAAUAUCAUGACCCUCCCCCUCUUGUAUAAAUGAUAAAAUCUAGUCGUUGCAAUACACUGAGGUGAGUCAGUAUUAUGAAAGCUCAAGAUAUAUCUCUAAUCUGUUCUUUGUAAUUCCAUAUACAUACAUUUUAGAUUACAGCAUUAAGAGUCCGACUCUGACUCUGACAGCUGAUCACUCGACUCUCCUAUUUCUCCCAGGUUUUUUUUUUUACAAAAUAAAGAACUUCUUUUUUCUUCUGUUGGUGAACCUCUACAUGAUCACGGGCACAUAUUUGCAUGACCCUCCCUCUUUUGACGGCCCAUUUUUCAUGACCCCUCCCUUUUCUGCGGUCUCAAAAAGUUGUGACCCUCCCUCUGUUUCUACCCCCCCUCCCCCUCUGCUAAUUUAUGACAAGUCCCUGAGUUAAAAAUGAUGAUGAUGACGACAACGACGACGACACGACGACGACGACGACGACGACAACGACGACGAUGACGGUGGUGAUGAUGAUGAUGAUGACGAUGAAGGUUGCGGUGACGGUGAUGGUGAUGAUGAAAAUAAUGAUGAUAAUAAUGAGCUCAGUAUGGACUGUCCACCUUUUCUCUUACACCCUUCGAGUGACAGCGAGCGCGUAGGGACAAAAAACGCUUCUUAUUUUAUCUCCUCCUCUGGCUUACGCCCUCAUUCACUCGCGCCUCGGCUCCGCUCGUGCGUGCUACACCGAUAACUUUGAAGAAAAUAAGAGACUGCUCGCGGUCUAAGCUCAGUACCACCAAGAGUAUUUACCACCGGUAUACUUCAUAACAGAUAUCCAACAGGUAUGUCAUGUUUUCCGCAUUUAAGAGUUUCCUCAGUUGUAGAGGUAGUUGUUGUUUCAAAGAGCAAAGCAAUCAGCGGUUGCAAGAAUCUAAAGUCUAAAGACUUAAGUCGGUCUCCGAGCAGCCUGUGGUUUAACUCGUUUUUUGCGCAAGAUAUCCUAGCCUGCUAAAACAGCCGUUUCUCCUCGCUUCUUAACACUAGGGAGGGACGUCUGCGCCUCAGCCACAGAAAUUCCAUACUGAUGACGUAAAUCAAUGUUUACAUAAUAAAUCCGGUAGUCGUGAAGUUCCAAAUGUCCAAAAAAAACGUCAAGGCAUAAUGUUACUUACAUAGUUAGUUGUCCGACUGGUGUCAACCUAACCUCUCUUUCAAGAGCCAAUCAUUUUCAUCGCCCUAAGGGAGUGUUCGUGUAGAAUAGAAUGCAUUCCUGCGUUUGCUCCCUUUUGCUUUCAUCAUCACCGCGAUUACAUCUCUGCGGAAAAAAAAUCUUUUUCCCACACCCCCAUCCCUCUUUGCCAUCUGUCGGAAGACCUUCUAUGCGUUUAUAAUUUAGUUUAGCCAUUGGGCGAGUUUCCUUCCCUCACCCCUGCUGAAAAUAAGAUAUUAUUUAGUAUUGACGUUGUUAUCUAAUGCGUCUUUGUUUGACAGUCAAUUAAACUGCCACUCGGACAAGUGGCCAUAUAAUACCAACACUCGAGUGGAUCUCUGUGGUUUUAUAAGCGUGACGUCAAUCAUAGCUCCCCAAGUUACUUUUAGGGUAUCGGUAUAAAAAUUUGUUCGAUUUUAUCUUUUUCCUGGCCGAGUUUUGGUUAACUUUUGUGUUCUUCUGCGAACGAACACUAGCAAAACUCAAAUGCUUCCUCUAAAUUCGUUUUUGUAGGAGAUUCAUCGCGUUUACAUUUGACCUUUGUAACCGUCUGUCUUUUGUCUGUCGCUCAUAAGCAAUAGCUAUAGAGCAGCAAUAGCAAUAGCUCCUGACCAGAUUCCGGACAGAUUUCGCGUCAUCAGUAUGGAAUUUCUGUCGCUGAGGCCGCUGUUUUCUCAGGCUUAAGAUAUCUAAGUGUGCAUAAAAAUACAAUUUCUUUGUCCACACUGUUCUUCUGCACCGUAAUAUCGCCUGUCUUUUGCUGCUGUAAGACUCGUCUCUGGUGUUAGGAGUUGGGUUCGCCGUGCUUUGGUAGUGAGAAAAUCCCAUCGUCUUCUCAAGUGUUGCCGAGGUUGAAACUCGUCCGCUUUCUAUUUAAAGGUAACGUAAGGACGAAACGUUCCCCCAAAGGAUUUUACGCUCUUGCAAACUCGUUGAUCUCCAGAGGUGAGUUUUCCUUCAUGUUUUUAUUGCCGUAUAGAGCGAUUUUCGUAUGACCUUGAAAGAUUGCUUCGGUAAGUGUUCGUUGUUUGUUUUAUCAGUCAAUGGAUAAAAAGAUCAAAACAUUGACUCUUCGUUUUCCCGCCAAAGAAAACCCUGAUAUGGAGAUGGCAUUGUUCGAUUGGCUAAUCGUGUUGCAGUAUGACGUCAAAGCGAAGUAUCGAUUGAUUUCUAGAAAGUUCUCGGGCAUGAAGUUUUUUCACCCGAGCGUUCGCUUCCAACCGAAAGCCACGCGCGUUGUAUCCGUUCGAUCAACCAAUGAAAUCGCUCUAUUCCCGUUCGUUUGUUGUUUCUGUUUUGUUCGCGCGUUUUCAUUUCAAGGUCAUACGAAAAUCACUCUAUCGUUGCAUUCCGUCCCAUCCUCCUUUCGGUCCUAUUCACUUUCAUUCGCGGUUAUUCCAAUUCAUUCCAUUCACUGCCUAUUUACGGAAAUUCCGUUCCUUUCGAUUCCAUUCACUGUCUAUUUCAUUCCAAUCUUUUCCAUUCUAUUUACUUUCUAUAUUCAGUUUAAUUUCAUUCCAUUCCACUCCACUGUUCACUGUCUAUUAAGGCCAUUCCCAUUUCGGUCAUUGUUUAGUUAAUUUCAUUCCAUUAUAUUCACUGUCUAUUUAAUUCCGUUCCAGUUCCACUCCGUUUCAAUAACUGUUAUCGUUCCUUCCUAUCUAUUAAAUCUCCUUCCUCUCUCUGAUGUUUAUAGGUGUCCGGCCUGUGUUUUUUGAUCAGUGGCACAAAAUUGAUCAAGUGGAACAAGAACGAGGGAGAGAACUUGGAAAGCCACGGGAAAAAAUAAUAAACGUCAAAGAAAUGCUUAACAUCGCCUAUCAACGCGAAAACAAGGACAGAACUGAGUAA